UGCGACGCUGCUCCGCGGCCGCUAUCGAUCGCAAUGGUUGGCCGCCGUUAGGACCACCGCGCGAGCGGCGUACAUCGACGGCGGCGGCGACGACGACUAAGCCGCAGAAAAAGACGAAUACGUCGUCGACAACGACGAAAUCGGUAAAGAUAACGAUAACAGUACGAAUAGGACGUGCCGCCGCCACAUCUGAUCAACCCGAAAACCGCCGUUCGGGACCUGCAAGGGUUGUGCCGGCCAUCGCCGCUGCACCUGCAGCACCGGCACUCGCGACACCGCCUGCGUGUUCAAGCCUGCCCGCGCCGUUUCCAGCUCGGCUAUCUGCUAUGGGAACCGUGCUCAGUAUCAGCCCCAAAGACCGCAAAUCCGUGUACCCGGCCAUGGCCAGCAGUGCCAGCGCGGCUGAGUUCACGCUCAACAGCUUUACAUACGAGCAGCUGACGAAACGUCGGCACGCCGACGUCAUGGCCGGCCGUAGCAUAUCCAUGAUGCUGCCAGCUAAUAUAAACAUAAACACCAUAAAUAAUAACAUCAUUAACAACAACAACAACAACAAUCACAAUCACUUACACCAUCACCACCACCACAACAACUCGGAAAAUAACUGUAAGACGGCGACAACAGGCGGCGAACCUCAUCAGCAGCAGCAGAGAGGCGCGUUGGAAAAGAGCUUGAAAAAACAUUCGGCCCUGAUCAACGCACUCAGCUGGAAACGGUUUAGCACGUCACAGAACAAGAAGAAGCUGGACAACGGUGGCACAGCCGGCGGUGGAGGCGGCGUCAAGUCCAAGCAACUGUUGGCGGGCCGGCAACCGUUGGUAGACACCAACGCCAACGUCGAUUGCGGUGGUCGGCCCAACGGCGUCCGUCGGUCCGUCACCACCACAGGACUGGAUGUGGCCAACAACAACAGCAGCGGUGGCUGCACCGAUAAACUGGUGCCUAGGGCCACGCUGGUUCCGUCACACACGUGCCACAACCUCGUGCCGCGGAAGACUAUCAUACAAGCGAGCACGUCCGAGUUGCUCAAGUGCCUGGGCAUCUAUUUGCACCACAAGUGCUACAAGCUCAACGAUUUCCAAGCAGGCGACGCGGUCAUGUGGUUGAGGACGGUGGACAGGAGUCUACUUAUACAGGGAUGGCAGGAUGUGCCGUUCAUAAAUCCGGCAAACGUGGUGUUCGUGUACAUGUUGGUUCGGGAGCUGGUGGACGAACGCGUGGCCACGGAACCGGAACUGCAAGCUGUAGUGCUCACAUGCUUGUACUUGGCGUACUCGUACAUGGGCAACGAAAUAUCGUAUCCGCUGAAACCAUUCCUGGUCGAGGAUAGUCGGGACGCAUUCUGGGACCGGUGCCUGGGCAUCGUCCGUACCAUGUCGGCCAAGAUGUUGCGCAUCAACGCCGAGCCCGCGUACUUCACGGAGAUCUUCAGCGAACUGAAAGCCUGCGGCACGCUCAACGCGGUGUUGCAGUCGGCGUAAUGAUAGCGCCGCCAUCGCCGUUCACAAUAACCACCGCGAAAUAUGCAGUACAAACCGUGUCAUCGUUGCCUUCACAGUUAGCAGCAGUUCUAACACCUGUCAUUUGCAACGGUAACGCGCAUCGCCAUUAAUAUUGUCAUAAAAUUACAUAUUGUCGAUCGUCCAAUCCACGAUGAUAAAAAUGUUUAUAGAACACAUGUUAUGUGUACUGGAACACGUCUUCCUACAGUGUCUACCGCGUUAAAUAAAAUAUCAUUGUAAUUAUUAUCAUUAUUAUUAUUACUAUUAUUAUUAUAUGAAGCCGCAAAAUCCUCCUCUCACCGUCGCCAUUUGAUGGCCAUUACCCUCUGCGAAACGACACCAUGUACAAGGUUUGUUUCAAUACGAAAUUUGGGACGUGGGGACUAGUUUCAAAUUGAUCUAUGAUUGAUUUACCGAGCAUGCGCUAAUCUGACUCGAGAUUCUGUUGAAAUGCGUUUCGAACUGUAGUGUCCCUAAUUUCAAGUUUCGAUCUAAAUCCACGGUUUCAAAAAAAAAGUACAUAAAUAUGUCAUUAACUUUAUGAUUCAUGUCGUGUUCACCAACCACUCUAAAUUUCAACAAUAAGCCAAAUUCAUCUCUUCUCGUUGGAACGGUGGGAUGUGUCCAGUUGAAUUAACACUUGCAUUGUUACUGACCCACUUGUUUAUUUUAUCAUGUCUGAGAUAAUUUUUAUUGACAGAAACCAAUCGUAAUAACUAAUGUAAUAAUGUGUUGAAACAUCCGUCUGACAGCUUAAGUUUGAAUUUUUUCAAGCGUGUUGAAACAGCAAAAUUCUGUUACGCAUGCUACCUCCGCUGUAGUUUAAUGAUGGUUUAUCUACGAUGUUAGAACAAUUCCGUAAUGUACUGUCGGUUAAUAUAUUAUCAUAAACCAGCUAUUUAAUGUAUCGAUGUAAAAAUAUAUUUAAAUCAACAAAAUUAUACAAUUUUAGUAUCAUGCCGUCAAUAAUAAAUGCGUAUUAAAUUCAAGAAGUUUGUUUAGAGAGUAUAUCGUUUGAUUAUGAUAUAUUAUCACGAUAUUGUAUAUUAAUGAACGAAAAUAUUUUGAUUCUGCUUAAGCGGAGUUUGCGUAGUACAUACAAUAUUACGAUGAAACACCGUUAGCCGUAAACAUUAUUUAUUAUUGUAAUGUACUCAUGCGCAAGGUAUAACGUUUGCGCAAUCCCGUCCACCCACCAACACCCAUCACGUCCGUCCACGUUCUCAAAUCGAUAAAUCCCUCUGUCUGGGGUGCGCUUACCCACCGCAAAUUGUCCUGUAUAUAUUAUAUUAUGCGAGUGGAGCGGAAGUUUUUUCCUCUCGUGCCAUUUUUAUCGUACCAUUAAUUUACCAAUAUUUUGAAAUGCGCAUAAUCAUAUUUCUCUCCAUAUAUACCUCAUCGGUGACGGUAAAAAUUCAGUGACAAUCUUCAAAAAUAAAUUUAGGUUAUUUUGCCAUAAUCGUGGGCAUGAUUUUAGACAGCAUUUGGAACUAUUUCGCAGGCCUCCGGGAUUUAAAUCUAAUCUCUUUGACAAAAAAGAUGGGACUGAAAGCAUGAUAUAUAGGGUCGGUCACGUGUGCCAUGUCAGGUUUUUUCAUGGCGGUGCAUGAACAUUCAGAAUAAUAAUUAUACAGAAAAACUAAUCUGUCGUUUCGCUUUUAAGUUUCCGCUAUUAUGCAGCGCCAACUAAUAAAAUCUAUAUAUUACGUACGACUUGGCUUAUAUUUUUGAAAACUGAUAAAAAUAUAAAAUUAGCUAUCUGCGUAUAAUACAAACACAUAUAUGUAGUCCAACCUCUAUUUUAACAUGUGAAAUAUAAAAAAAAACUCAAAUAAUCAUUUAGAACUUCGCCCUCCCCCUAGUCCUCUUUUUAACAAUAGUGUGACCAAUUGUUCAGAAUGAGUGCGUUGUGGAUUUUUUUACAGGCAUUAAAUGCGUAUCUUAGAUUAAAACAUAUAAAUUAUACAUUAUAUUAAACGUAUACACUAUAGUCGUUGUAUACCUAUGCGUUUUUCAUAUAGUAAUAACACAUUAACAAUAUUACGUUCAUGGGGAUUGAACUUGCAAAACGAUUGAUGUGUAUAUAAUUUAUGUAUAUCUAAUGGUUUUUCUUUUAAUCAAUAUUUUAUUUUUUUUUAUCGAAAGACAUAUUAUACUGAAUAAACUAGAAAUAAUCAAAAUAAACAACAAUGUAUAGAGUAAUUGAUGAUAUUUCGAAGAAACCAUUGAGUAGUUUUAUAUUUAUUAUAAUUAUGUAUUUUAGAUAUCUUAAUUUUUUCAGUUUUUAAUCCCUCGCCGUCAUCCAUCACGUCUGACUAUCGAAUUCUUUGGCAAUAAUUUACAAUAUUUUUUUCUAUCGAGGUCGUGUAAAUAUAAUAAUAUUCGAUAUUGAUAAAAAAAAAAAAAACAUUAUUAUUGUUCGUCGUUUAACAGUGAUAACCCUCCCCCUCAUACAAUAAUCGCACGCACAACAGAAGAAAAGCAUUUUACUUUUUCAAUUUGAAUACAUUAUAUAAUAUAAUAACGUAACAUUGAAUAAAAUUAUACAUUUUCGAGGCGAUUUACUAUUUAUUUUGUGGUGACCCAAACGCGUGUACGUGUGUACUGGUGAGAAGGGGCACGUGGUACACAAAUAGCAAGGCUGCUCCUCUCCACAUAGUCGUACUUACUCGUCGUUUGGACAACCGUAAAGCACGGGUUCAAAAUUCCUCCAUUUUUAAAUAAAAGACAAAAAUAUUGUAUAUGGUAAUUAAUGUUUGUUUUAAUUUAAUUUUGUUAUAACAUUACAAAUAUUAUAAAUAUUAUAUUAUAGGUAGACAUAAAACGAUGUUGUUUUAAUUUAUAAGUGUAUCGAAUUAAAUUUGAGAAGCCGUACGAUGCAAUAUAAUUAUUACGGCGCCAUAAUUUAAUAAAAUUAUAUAGGCAAAUUAAAAGCAAUUUUUUUUUUUAAUUCGACUAUCGUUAAAAUAUCAUUUCCAUCAUAUUAUACAAUUUCAGUAUUCCAUACAAAACAUUCCAUUUAUUAUACAUAAUAAAUAUUAAUAUAAGUAGA